AUGGGAGAUCGAUCGGGUCCCAAUGGCAGAUCCCGGGGCCAGGUCUCGGAGCCGGAGCGGAGACCGUUGCUGUCAAGUACUGCCACCGACCCCGAGCUCAACCGGGAACCUACCUUUAGCUGCGCCUCCGACUCGCACUCCCAUCUACCUGUCUAUACCAAUAUCCACCGAGUUCGGCGCGACAUUGUCUCCGUCGUAGAAGACUAUCUGAGUCUAGACCAGCUCCGGGAUGUCCACAUCAAUCAUUCCGUUGUCCGACCCCUGGUCGACAAGUUUUAUGAGCUCGACGACAUCUCCAUCAUCUACUGCCUACUCGUCAACCGAGCGCGAUUCCUGAGCGAGCAAUCGCACCGGAGCACGCGGCAGAACGCCCAGUUCGCCCGCGCGACGCUGUGCGAGCUGGUAGCCACGCGCGUCCUGCGGCGCUUCGGCGAGGACAACAGCGAGGGGCCCGACGGCCUGCUGGUCCUCGCCCACGUCCUCCUGGCCGGGUUCGACCCCUUCCAGAACGCGCCCCCGGAGACCCGCCGCGAGGCCUGGGCCGCGACCUCGUGGCACGCCACCCUGCCGGCCCUCGAGGUCGCCAUCCUGUCCGAGAGCAAAGUCUUCCUCAGCUCGACGCCGUGCCAGAAAGUGGUCGAUGCUGUGUAUGAGGGGAGGAUCAUCUACACCCCCUCCAGCUUCCUUAACCUCAUCCCGGACCGGUACAAGCAGAACCCCAUCUCGCUCUAUAACCCGAAGGAGGCGCCGCUGCUGAAUCAGUACCGCCUCAUCGUCCCGCGGACGAGAAACAUCCUGGAGAUCGUGCAGUUCGGCAUCCUCCUCGCCCUAUACAUCGCGUUCAUGGCGGAGAGGGAUCCGAACUACCUGAGCUGGCUUGAGAUAUGCUUCACGGUCUACGCGUUCGGGUGGGUCUUGGAUCUGCUGGCGACGGUGUUGGAGCACGGCUGGCAUGUAUAUACGCAAAACCUCUGGUCGUUUCUGGAUGUCACGUUCGCGGCCAUAUACUGGGGAUAUCUGGUGCUCCGGAUCUACGGCUGGUGGAUCGGUUCGAUUGUCCCCGGCCAGCAGGCCCUAGAUGUCCUCGCCAUGGGAGCUCUCGUACUGAUCCCCCGCCUCGCCUUCAAUCUCCUGUCGGACAACCUGCUGUUUAUGUCGCUGAGGUCGAUGAUGGCCGACUUUGCCCUCCUGUCCGUCUUGGCCGUAUGGUGCUUCUUCGGGUUCCUGCUCUCCCUGGUCUGGCUUGGCGAAGGACGUCAUGAAGCAGUAACGAUAAGCAAGUGGAUGAUAUUUAUAUGGUUCGGCCUGGACGGCACUGGAAUCCACCGAUCUACCGACUUUCACUGGCUGCUCGGACCUGCGUUGAUGGUUACCUUCGCCUUCCUCGGCAACACCCUCUUCCUGACCAUCCUCGUGUCCAUGCUCUCCCACACUUUCAGCACCAUCAUCUCGAACGCGACCGCCGAGAUCAAGUUCCGACACGCUGUCAUGACCCUGGAGGGCGUCAAGAGCGACGCCAUCUUCGCCUACCAGCCACCCUUCAACAUCCUCGCCAUGCUGGUCCUUGUCCCGCUCAAGUUCCUGGCCAGCCCGCGCUGGUUCCACAAGAUCCACGUCGCCAGCGUGCGCUCCCUGAACCUGCCCCUCCUCCUGAUCAUCGCCGCCGCCGAGCGCCGCAACCUCGGGCCCUCCUCCUCAUCCUCAUCUUCAUCCUCCUCCGCGGCCCGGACAACUUCGACAUCGGCGUCGGCAGCAGCCACGGCCCCGCGCGCCGCCAAGGCCCGCCCCUGGUUCUGGGAGAAGUGGCGCAUCACGGCGCACGGGCGCAUCGAGGCCGUCUUCGACCUCCCGCCGCCGGACCGAGUUCUGGACGAGAUCGCGGCCGACGACGAGUUCAGGGCCGGCAUGCUCAGGCGGCAGUUCUUCUCGCAGCGGAGUGCGGGGGCAGGCGGCGGCGGCGGCGGCGGGCGCGACGGGGCCAAGACGACGCCGCUGGCGGCGUUGGGAAGACGGGACAGCGUCGCGCCCUUUCCGGGGCUCGUGGAGCAGCUGCGGGCGAGUCUGGGCGGGGGCGGAGAUGUCGAUAUGGCUGGCAGGUUGGAGGCCCUUGAGGAGUCGACGGCUCGGAUCGAGAGACUGCUGCGGAAGCUGGUUGGGGUGGGUGAUGACGAUGAAGAUGCGGUGUCGGUGGGUGAGGUAGAGGGUAGUGGAGGGGUAGGGGAGCUAGGCACGAUAGACAGGUCAGCACAGGAGCAAUAA